GUUCUGUCGGGUUCGGGGCGCGCGGGGCAGGUUGCGUGAAGAGGCGGAAAGUCCCACUCGCCCUCGGCUUCUCCCUGCCCGGCCGCCGGUGUCCCGCCCGCCGCCGCCCCGCGCAGCCCGGCCCGACCCGCGGCGAUGGCCCAGCCCGGGGACCCGCGGCGCCUCUGCAGGCUGGUGCAGGAGGGCCGGCUGCGCGCCCUGAAGGAGGAGCUGCAGGCGGCCGGGGGCUGCCCGGGGCCGGCCGGGGAUACCCUCCUGCACUGCGCCGCGCGCCACGGGCAUCGGGACGUGCUGGCCUAUCUGGCCGAGGCCUGGGGCAUGGACAUCGAGGCCACCAACCGAGACUACAAGCGGCCUCUGCACGAGGCGGCCUCCAUGGGCCACCGAGACUGCGUGCGCUACCUACUGGGCCGGGGGGCAGCGGUCGACUGCCUGAAGAAGGCCGACUGGACUCCUCUGAUGAUGGCCUGCACAAGGAAGAACCUGGGGGUGAUCCAGGAGCUGGUGGAACAUGGCGCCAAUCCACUCCUGAAGAACAAAGAUGGCUGGAACAGUUUCCACAUUGCCAGUCGAGAAGGCGACCCUCUGAUCCUCCAGUACCUGCUCACUGUUUGCCCAGGUGCCUGGAAGACAGAGAGCAAAAUUAGAAGGACUCCUCUGCAUACUGCAGGUACAGCCUACAGCUCUGCAGCAAUGCAUGGCCAUUUGGAGGCGGUCAAGGUGCUUCUUAAGAGGUGCCAAUAUGAACCAGACUACAGAGACAACUGUGGCGUCACCGCCUUGAUGGACGCAAUCCAGUGUGGUCACAUCGACGUCGCUAGGCUGCUCCUCGAUGAACAUGGGGCUUGCCUUUCAGCAGAAGACAGCCUGGGUGCCCAGGCACUGCACAGGGCAGCCGUCACAGGGCAGGACGAAGCCAUCCGAUUCUUGGUCUCUGAACUUGGCGUCGAUGUAGAUGUGAGAGCUACAUCAACCCACCUCACAGCACUUCAUUAUGCAGCUAAGGAAGGACAUACAAGUACAAUUCAGACUCUCUUGUCCUUGGGAGCUGACAUCAAUUCUAAAGAUGAAAAAAAUCGAUCAGCCCUGCAUCUGGCCUGUGCAGGUCAGCACUUGGCCUGUGCCAAGUUUCUCCUGCAGUCGGGACUGAAGGAUUCUGAAGACAUCACAGGCACCCUGGCUCAGCAGCUCCCAAGGAGAGCAGAUGUCCUUCAGGGCUCUGGCCACAGCGCAAUGACAUAAGGAUGUUUCCAAGAGGAGGCAAUAAAGCGCAUGAGUUGCUGGGAGCCUGAGCACCUUUCGUUUUUUGACUCAGAGAAAGCCAAGUGCAACUUGCUUCAGUCAUCCUGAACCUGAGUUCAACCAACCGCAGCCACCUACGUUUGACCCCAGUGAGAUCAAAGUUGUAUAUCUGAGUUGUACCAGUGGUGAAGUCAGUGCCACAUCUGCACUGGCCCCCAAGGUCACCUCCCUGGGUCUGUCUCCAAAAAUGGUUGCUGAUGACAUCACCAACCAUUGACUGGAAGAGUCUGAGGAUGAUAGUGAAACUGACCAGCCACAGCAGACAGGCCCAGAUUGAGGUGGUGCCUUCUGCCUCUGCCCUGAUCAUCACAACCCUCAGGAACCACCGACAGAAAGAAAGAAACACAAAAACAUGAAACACAGUGGAAGCACCACUUCUGAUGAGAUUGUCAACAUUGCCUAACAGAUGCAGCAGCAGUCUUUAGCCAGAGAACUCUCUGGAACCAUUAAAGAAUUCUUGGGGGCCGGUUGCAGUGGCUCAUGCCUGUAAUCCCAGCACUUUGGGAGGCCGAAGCGGGAGGAUCACGAGGUCAGGAGAUCGAGACCAUCCUGGCUAAUGCAGUGAAACCCCAUCUCUUACUAAAAAUACAAAAAAAUUAGCCAGGCUGGUGGUGGGCGCCUGUAGUCCCAGCUACUCAGGAGGCUGAGGCAGGAGAAUGGUGUGAAUCCUGGAGGCGGAGCUUGCAGUGAGCCAAAUAUGCACCACUGCACUCCAGCCUGGGCAACAGAGCGAGACUCCGUCUCAAAAAAAAAAAAAAGAAUUCCUGGGGCCUGCCCAGUCUGUGAGCUGCAAUGUUGAUAGUAUCACAGAUGAUACCAACAGUGAAGCUGUGGAAUGCCCAGCUAGUUAAAGAAUGCAAAGGAAAAUAUUUUCACAAAGGGUUCUCUGAUAACCAAAAAAAAAAAAAAAAAAAAAGACAUUUCAUCUAAGCCACUUAACACCGUGUCUGACGUGUAGUAAAUAAUAAAUGUCAAUGAUUCUCAAAGAACCCAGGAAUAGAAAAAGCAUUUAAUAGAAAUUAGCUCUUGGCAUAAUCUCUUCAUCCACGCCCGGCAGAGUUAUCAGAUGUCUUCCAGGUUCACAAGAAUUAAUUUCUCUGCCCCUGUUCCUGCUUUGCACUUUGUAGCAAUUAUCCCAUGGUUCGCCUUAUGUUAGAACUAUUUAUAUAAGUGGUAGUCAAGGCCACUGAGUCAUGCAUCCCUGGAGGUCAGUUACUAUUUCUUUUUAUGAGACAGAGCCACUCUGUCGCCCAGGCUGGAGUGCAGUGGUACGAUCUCGGCUCACUGCAACCUCCGCCCCCUGGGUUCAAGUGAUUUUUCUGCCUCAGUCUCCCAAGUAGCUGGGAUUACAGGCUCCCACCACCGUGCGCGGCUAAUUUUUGUAUUUUUAGUAGAGACAGGGUUUCAUCAUGUUGGCCAGGCUGGUCUCAAACUCCUGACCUCAGGUGAUCCAACCGUCUCAGCCUCCCAAAGUGCUGGGAUUACAGGCGUGAGCCACCGCACCCCGCCUGGGUCAGUUACUAUAUCUUACACACCUUACAAACCCCAGAAGGCUGCACACAGCUCCUGCACAUGGUAUGCCUUCAAGGAAUUACCCAUGGAUUUGAAUAAGGUUAUAUAUGAUGUAACACUCAUGCGCUUUAUUUCAUUUUUAAUGAGUUUAUAUUCUGAAAUAUUUGCUUCUGGGGAAAAAUAAUUCAGACAGUACAAAUAAAGAUUAUUCCAAAUAGGAUCAUAUAAUACUCUUGCAACUUUUUAAACUGAGUGCAUUGUUUCUCAUUAGUUCUUUUUGUUCUGUUAUUUUCAUUUUCUCAUUAGUUCUUAAAGAUCUACCUCAUUCUUUUUAACUUUGCAUAAUGUUGCAUUCUUUCUGACAUUCCAUCUUUCAGAUGUGCCACAAUUUGUCUAAGCUGUUCCCUAUUUCUGGACAUUUUAGGACAUUCUGGGGUUUUUUAAGUUAUUAUAAACAGCAGUGCCAGACACAUCUUUGUGUCCUUAUGGGAAUGACUGGAAGAUAAAUUCCUAGAAGCGGAUCAAAGGAUCUGUCCAUUUUUUUAGGUUGCCAACUGUAUCAGUUACACAGUUCAGUUAGCAGAGACUAGCGUUCAUUGCAGCCAGCUUAUGCAGAAGAUUUGUUACGGGGUCCUGAUGGUACGCAGAAUUGUCAGGAAGGCUGGAGAACAAAUCUCGUUGAACUUUCAGGGAUGAUAUCAAGGGCUGUACUUCAGACCUAGGCCUCAAAAAGAAGUGCCUUUUCAAUCAGGAAAAUCUUUGCCAGUAUAGGAAGCUGCUGCCUUCACUUCCAACUCCAGAAGCUUGCUGUCUUCAUCUGCUACAGUCGAGAGGCCAAGUGAUCAGAAAACACUCCACAGAAAAUCACUUGCAGCCUUUGCCAGUGGAAGCACAAAUACGGCUUUCGCUUCUGCUUUCCGAAACUCAAGCAAUUAGCAGAAUCCAACUCACAUCUCAAAAUCUGGACCUAGGGGAGCCUGGGGCAUGUAGCUGGUAACUUCCCUGUGUCUGCAGUGUGGGGCUCACAUGCCCAGGAGGCUGGGAUGGGUCUUGAGCACCACAGACAUCGCUUUUGCCAAGAUUCCUUCCCAGGCAUACCCAUCACCAAAGUUGUGUGGUAUCGCACUUUUUUUUUUUUUUUUGAGACGGCAUCUCACUCUGUCGCCCAGGCUGGAGUGCAGUGGCACAAUCUCGGCUCACUGCAACCUCCAUCACCUGGGUUCAAGCGAUUCUCCUGCCUCAGCCUCCUGAGUAGCUGGGAUUACAGGCGCCCACCAACACCAGCUAAUUGUUUUGUAUUUUUAGUAGAGAUGGGGUUUCACCAUGUUGGCCAGGCUGGUCUCGAACUCCUGACCUCAGGUAAGCCACCAGCCUCAGCCUCCCAAAGUGCUGGGAUUACAGGCGUGAGCCACUGCACCUGGCCACAGUAUCACACUUUUAAUAGCCACUAACAUGAUGUACUAUCUCAUGAUUUUAAUUUUGCAUUUAUUUAUUUAUUUAUUUAUUUAUUUUUUAUUUUUUAUUUUUUAUUUUUUUUUAGAGACAGGGUCCUGUUCUGUUGCCCAGACUGGAGUGCAGUGGUGUGACCAUAGCUCACUGCAGCCUCGACCUCCUAGGCUCAAGCAAUCCUCCCUUCUCAGCCUCCUGAGCAGCUGGGACCACAAGCACGCACCAGCUCGCCCAGCUAAUUUUUAAAAUUUAUGUAGAGAUUCCACUUUUGUAGUGGGGGGGAUCUCACUGUGUUGGCCAGGCUGGUCUCGAACUCCUGGCCUUAAGCAAUCCUUUCACCUUGGCCUCCAAAAGUGUUGGGAUUACAGGCAUAAGCCACCACACCCGGCCUUGGCAUUUCUCAAUCAGAUUGAAGAUCUUUAGAUUUGUUUUUUGGCCAUUAUAGCCCUUUUUCCUAUUUUUACCUGUAUCAGUUAGCUGUUAAUAAAUGACAGACCACCCCAAAGCUCACAGGGUUGAAACAGGAGUCUGUAGGGCAUCUGGGUGGCUUUGCUGCUCGCAGCUGGGCUCACUCCUGCAUCCCGUCAGCCAGUGGGUUGCUGAGCUGGUAUAGGAUGGCCUUGGGUGGAUCAAGCUGGCUCUGCUCCCCAUGGUCUCUCCAUUCGGCUAGCCCAGGCUUAUUUUUCAUGACAGUGGCAGAGAUUCAAGAGAGGAAAGAGACUUAAAUGUGCUUUCCAGUCUCCGCUCUUGUUUGUGUAGAUGCUUCCAUCCCAUUGGCCAAAGCAAGGCAUGGUGAUGCCCAGAAUUAGUGUAGGGGGCAGAACCCACAGGACUGGACACAGAGGCCAUUGAUUGGGGCCAUUAAUGAAACCAGUUCUUGCUUUAUCUUUUGACCAUUGUUUUUUCUUGUUGAUUUGUAAGAGUCCUUUUUAUAUUGGGUAAAUUAGCUCUACACAUAAUUUCAAAUAAUGACAAUAAAAUUUGGGUUAUACAUUUAUAAGUAAAAAAAAACAGACUACAGCACAGCAGAAAUAAUCUCCUUUAUAGCUCCUUUAAAAAAAAAAGAGCUCUUGUGAGUAGAUACAGGCAUACACAGGCACUCACUACAAUGCUGGGAGUGGGAUGGCACAGAUUCCUUGGAUAUGAUAGGGGGUUUCUAUUUAGAUUACAGUAUGUGGUACCUUUAAAGCAGCUCUCAGAGUUCUAGAGCUUCCACCUCUGCCAGCCUACAACAUGCAUGGUCUUUAUUUUUCCCAGUGUUGCUGAAAAUCCACAAUUAGCUAAAAGGGAAAUGAACGCAAAAGACGUGGGAACAAAAUCCAGCUUGUGGCUCGUCCUGCCCCUUGAACACAGAGCCCUGGGUCUACCACAUCCUUUCCUCUCUUCCAGCUGAUACAGACUUAGAUAAUUCCAUUUUGUGAUUUAAUAUUAGAUGGAGGUGGGUUGGCUCACACCUGUAAUCCCAGCACUUUGGGAGGCUGAGGCUGAGGCUGGAGGAUGCCUUGAGCCCAGGAGUUCACAGCUGCAGUGAGCUAUGAUCACACCACUGCACUCCAGCCUAGGUGACUGAGUGAGACCCUGUCUCUAAAUAAAGACCAAGAAAUAACAGUGGACUAAACCAAAGUUUAUUUUCUUUCCCACAUAAGAAUCUGGGCAUAGCCAACUACAGAUGAGCUCAACCAGCCCCAGGUAUCAGCCCCCCGGCUCCUUCUGCUGGUUGUUCUGCUGUCCUGAGUAGGUUGCCCUUUUCCAUGU